GACUUCGCUCAGUUUCAAACGGCCGCGGUGGGCGCGGCAGUCGCGGGCCGGGCGCGAGGCGAGUGGGGCUGUGUUGGUGCUUUGCUUGUGCGCGGUGAGGUUUGGCUAAGCGUGGAGCCAUGGCGCACCACGAUGAGGCCGGGAUCGGGGACUUUGUCCUCCUGGAUCAAAUCAACAUCGACAGCUUCAUGGAGAACCUGCAGGUUCGAUUCAACGCAGGCAAGAUUUACACAUAUAUCGGAGAAGUAUGUGUGUCGGUAAACCCGUACCGGACCAUCAACAUCUACGGCCCGGAUGUCGUCAACCAAUACAAAGGCCGGGAGAUUUUCGAGCGUCCGCCGCACGUGUUCGCUAUCGCCGACGCCGCCUACAAGGCGAUGAAGCGCCGCGGCCAGGACACGUGUAUCGUCAUCAGUGGUGAGAGCGGUAGUGGUAAGACCGAGGCGUCCAAGAUCAUCAUGCGGUACAUCGCGGCGGUUACCAACGUCAGUCAGCAGGCAGAGAUCGACCGGGUAAAGAGCGUCCUCAUCCAGUCCAACUCGAUUCUGGAGGCGUUCGGUAACGCGAAGACGAACAGGAACGACAACUCAUCUCGCUUCGGCAAGUACAUGGACAUCAACUUCGACUUCAAGCACGACCCGGUGGGAGGCCACAUCUCCAACUACCUGCUGGAGAAGUCGCGAGUCGUGCUCCAGCAGCCUGGCGAGAGGAAUUUCCACGCCUUCUACCAGCUGCUGUACGGUGCACCGGACGCGGAGCUGGCCAAGCUCCGUCUGGUGCGGGACGCCGGCCAGUACUACUACACCAGCCAAGGUGGUAACACGCGAGUCGACUCCAUCAGUGACCGGCAGGACUACAAGUCGGUCAGCGCAGCCCUCCGACUGCUCGGCUUCAGCUCGGAGAAAACCGACUGCAUCUGGCGGACAAUCGCCGCCGUCCUCAACUUGGGCAACGUCGAGUUCGACGAUAACGGCGAGACGACGACGGUGUCGACCCCUGAGCGUCUGGAGGCGGUGGGCGCGCUGCUGUCUGUUACCCCGGCCGAGCUCGGAAAGACCCUCUGCCACCGGGUGAUUGCUGCCGGCGGAGAGGUCAUGGAGAAAGGUCACACCGGGGUGCAGGCCUCCUACGGCCGAGACGCGUUCGCCAAGGCCAUCUACGAGCGUCUCUUCACGUGGAUCAUCCAGGAGGUGAACUCUGCCAUCGAGGUGAGGGAGGAGAGCCAGCGGUACCGCACCAAAAACACCGUCAUCGGCGUCCUUGACAUCUACGGCUUCGAGAUCUUUAACAACAACAGCUUCGAGCAGUUCUGCAUCAACUACUGCAACGAGAAGCUGCAGCAGCUCUUCAUCGAGCUGGUGUUGCGGCAGGAACAGGAGGAGUACAGCAGAGAGGGCAUCGAGUGGACCAACGUCGACUACUUCAACAACCAGAUCAUCUGUGACCUGGUGGAGCAGCCGCACAAGGGCAUCAUCGCCAUCAUGGACGAGGCGUGUCUGAACGUGGGCCGCAUCACGGACGAGAUGCUGCUGGAAGCGAUGGACAAGAAGCUGGCCAACCACCGUCACUACAGCAGCCGCCGGCUCAACCCCAUGGACAAGGAGCUCCGGCACGGAGAGGAGUUCCGCAUCAGGCAUUACGCCGGAGACGUGAGCUACAACAUCACCGGCUUCCUGGACAAGAACAAGGACAUGUUGUACCAGGACUUCAAACGGCUGCUGUACUCGUCACAAAACGAAACGCUCAAGUCCAUGUGGCCAGAGGGUGCCCAGCAUAUCAGCAAGACGACCAAGCGACCUCUGACGGCCGGCACCCUGUUCAAAAACUCAAUGAUCGCGCUCAUCAACAACCUGGCGAGCAAGCAGCCGCACUACGUGCGCUGUAUCAAACCCAACGAGGAAAAGUCGCCGGUUCUGUUCGACCGGGAGCGCGUUAGGCACCAGGUCAACUACCUGGGUCUCAUCGAGAACGUGCGCGUGCGCCGCGCCGGCUUUGCCUACCGACAGAGCUACGACCGGUUCCUGCGGAGAUACAAGAUGAUCUCGCAGUUCACGUGGCCCAACUUCCACGGCGAGUCGGACAAGGAGGGCGUCAAGAUUCUCAUCAAGGAGCAGAACUUUGUUGACGACGUCAAGUACGGCAAGACCAAGAUCUUCCUGCGCUCCCCGCAGACGCUCUUCAAGCUGGAACAGGCGCGAGGCCGGCUCAUCCCGCACAUAGUGAUCUUCCUGCAGAAGAUGUGGCGUGGCGCGCUGUGCAGGAUGCGCUACAGGAAGAUGCUGGCGGCUCGUACCAUCCUGCACGCGUUCAGGCGGUACAAGCUGAGACACUACAUCAAACAGCUCAACACGCUCUUCAGGAACGUGCAGCGCUCGCCGGACUUUGGUCGCUCGGUGCGCUGGCCGCCGGCUCCCCUGGUGUGCCGCGGUGCCGUCGGCCACCUGCAGGCCAUCCACCUGCGCUGGUGGGCCUUCAUGGUACUCAGCCGGAUCCCGGCCGACGAGCGGCCACAGAUGAGGCUCAAGGUGACGGCAGCGGACGCGCUGCAGGGUCGCCGGCCCGAGUGGGGCGCCGGCCGCCGCUGGCAGGGCAACUACCUGGCCUCUGUGCAGGAGAACUCCAACACGGCCGGCUACGUGCAGAGCCUCUCUCAGCUGAGGACCAAGGACAGGUUCCAGAAGAUCAUGUUCUCGGCUCUGGUGCGCAAGUUCAACCGCAACAACAAGAUGGCGGAGCGAGCCGUCGUGGUCACCGACACAAACAUCUACAAGCUGGACGCCAAAAAGUUCAAGUGCCUGACCUCGCACCCGAUCGCCGAUGUGACAGGCGUGUCGGUGUCCCCGCGCUCUGACCAGCUGGCCGUCAUCCACCUGCGCGGCGGUAACGACUUGGUGGUGGCCCUGGUGGCCGCCAAAGCCGAGGACAGAGUCGGCGAGCUGGUCGGCGUCGUGUGCCGACAGUACAGCGCCUCCCAGGGCGGCGAGCUGAGGGUGCUGGUUGCAGACCGCAUCCAAUGCAUGCUCGGCAACAAGGCCAAGACUCUGACUGUGGAGAUCGCACCCGACGCCCAGUUCGCCUCCUACCGCAAAGGUGCUACCAAGGACGCCAUCGCGCUGGUGUGGCCCCCGCACCUCGGUCCGCCGCCGGCCUCCAUCGCUAACGGCGUGAAGAACGGCAACGGGCGAGUCCACUGAGCCGCGGGGGAGGUCACAUGGACGAGUCCAUUCGGAACUCUGAGGUCACAGCAGUGAGUGGACCGCGAGGGAACAUAACAAGGGGUCCAUUGAUUGGUUUGGGAGGGAGGGCGGUUGAUAUCGUGCGUGUGGUGCAGCGUUGGAGAGCGACGGGCGCUUCUGAGAAACUGUGUGCCAGACGAGAGUCGCUGGUGUGUUGGACACCGAUCAAGUCGCUAGAUGAACUUAUACAACAUGCUAACUACGUGCAAGUGGCGAGAGAAGUCCUUUUUUGCCGUGCUGGUUUUAUGUGCUCCGGAGUCCCCAGUGUGGUGGUGCUUGUAGGCGCCUCGCGCUGGCUUGUCCCGAGCGCCUUCCUCGUUGGGAGCUCGGUCUGCUGCGUCAACUGGUUUUAUGUGAUAGUCGCCUGACGCGCGUGAUAAUCCGUUCCGUGGCGUGCGAUAGGCAAUGAAUGCACGCGCUUUUAGGUAGGUUUAUAGGAUCUAUUUUUGAGACGUGUGUGAAUUCACGCCGGCCAGAUGUUAAUUAUUGAAUGAAUGUAAUUUCCAGCUUUUGCUGGUGACCAGGAAAUUGACUGUUGACUGAUUGUUGACUGUGUUGUGUCUGUGUGACUUGAUUGUGAAAUGCUACUGAUUCGCCUAUCAAGACUGUGCCUCAUAAAUGAUCGUUGAGCGCGA